CGGGCUAGGGGAGUUACUAGGGGCCCGGUGCCCGCGCCCCUACUCCGCCGCCUGGCAUUCACCUCGCCAUGGUUCUUCUGCCUCUGCGCUGUGUCUUCUGGGGCUCCUUGUUGACCGCCGUCCACCCAGAAUACACUGCAUGCAGAGAAAAGCAAUACCCAGUAAACACCCAGUGCUGUAAUUUGUGUCCUCCAGGACAGAAACUGGUGAGCGACUGCACACAGACCAUCGACACAGAAUGCACUCAUUGCAAAGAAGGCGAAUUCCUAGGCACUUGGAACUCAGAGAGACACUGUCACCAGCACAAAUACUGUGACCCCAACCUAGGGCUCCGGGUCCAGAGAGAGGGCACCUCAGAAACAGACACCACUUGCACGUGCCAUGAAGGUCUCCACUGUACCAGCGAGGCCUGUGAAAGCUGCACCGCGCACAGCCUGUGCCCCCCUGGCCUGGGAGUCAAGCAGAUCGUUCCUUUGCGAGCCGGACAGGUGGUCCACUGUGAUGACGAAUGCCGCCUCCUUCUUCCAGCUACAGAGGUUUCUGAUACCAUCUGCGAUCCCUGCCCCGUCGGCUUCUUCUCUAAUGUGUCAUCUGCUUUGGAAAAGUGUCACCCUUGGACAAGCUGUGAGACCAAAGGCCUGAUGGAGAUUCAGGAGGGGACGAACAAGACGGAUGUUGUCUGUGGUCCCCCACCUCGGAUGAGAGCCUUGGUGGUGAUCCCCAUCACCAUGGGGAUCCUGCUUGCUGUCCUGUUGGUGUCCGCCUGUGUCAGUGAGUCCCCAGGAAAGGUGGCCAAGGAGCCAGAGAAUAAGGUUAUGUGGAAGGACCACAGGGAGGACCCCGUGGAGGACGUGGAGGAAUUUCCUGUCCCUCUCCACUCCAUUGCUCCGGUGCAGGAGACCUUACACGGGUGCCAGCCGGUGACCCAGGAGGACGGCAAAGAGAGUCGCAUCUCUGUGCAGGAGAGAGUAUGAGGCAGUGCGCUCCCAGGAGUGUGGCCGCAGGGGAAGACGGGCGCGUGGCCGCAGAGCCUGGAGCUGCUGCUCCAGCUGCUGCGCUGGGCGGCAAGGGGCAGGGCAACCCCUGCGCAUCGCUGAGGUGCAGAAUCAGAGAACCUUCCACCCCAGCCCUGGAGUCCAUUCGGUCUCCCAACUUGCUGUUAAAGAUGGAGCUGAAACUUUUUGGCGGCCGUAGAGUAAUAUCCACCAAACCCUCGAAACCAGCACUUCAGCACCCAGAGAUGUACCCUGGUGGUUUCUACGAGCCCAGGAAGACGCGUACGCGAAUAUCCAUUGUGGCGUUGCUUGUGACAGUGGACAGCUAGAAGCCACUUAACUGUCCAUCGGCAGGGGACUGGAUAAAUAAAAUUAUAAUAUAUUUAUACAACAGGA